UCAUUACGCAAGGGGUGACGACGUGGAAAACAUGGUGGAAAGGAGUAUGUAGAGUAAACUUAAUUGUCGCAAUUUAGCCACAGUUUCAAGUAUUUGCGCACUGAAAUUACACUUGACUAUCAAAAUUGGACAAAGCUCUUCAUUUGGGGAAGCAACCGUCGCAUUUUAACGGUCCUGGGAGUAGAGAGAGCCGCGGUAACUACGAGAAGCAUUUCUGACAGGAAUUGGCAUAUGCCUGGUGAAGAAGCAAGAAGAGUGGUGAGUCUGGCUGAGUGGAGCCAGUAGAGAGCGAUGGGAGCCAACACCAGCCAGGUCAGUGACCUGUCCGACAACCCCAGCCUCAGGACCCUGGUGGGCACCGAGUCCAUAUCAGAGAACGAUCCUUUCUGGAACCAGCUCAUCUCCUUCACCUUCAUCAGUCCCACCAGCAGUGGUGACUCCAAGUUACUGGAAGAGGCUGUCAUCCCCCUCGCAAAGAUCCUCAUUGAAAACAAUCCUAGAUCGGGGAACUUUGGCGCCCUUGUGAGAAUUUUCCUGGGAAGAACCAAAGAGCUGAAAGUCUCUACAGAAUGCCAAGAUCAGCUGUUUAUCUGGCAGGCCCACAAUGCACUGUUCAUGAUUCGCUGCCUGCUCAAGGUGUUCAUCAGGGAGAUGAGUGAAGAAGAGCUGCACCUACAGUUCUCCUACCAGGAGAGGGCGCCAGGCUCCUGUGCAGAAACAGGCAGCGAGGACCUCCUGGAGGAACUGUUGUCCAACCUCAUUCACCUGAUCGUAGAAGUGCCCCUGCUAGACAUCACCUACAGCAUCCUGUUUGAAGCGGUGACCACACUGCUGGUGUUCUUCUCCUACCAACUCUUCAACAAAGACAUCCUCCGAGAUGGAUUAAUCUAUCAGCACAUCAUGAAAGGACGAUGUUUGUCUUUAACUAGUCGGCUGGUGAAGACCCUGCUCUAUAACUUCAUCAGGCAGGAGAAGUGUCCGCCUCCAGCGACCCACAUCUUUGAGCAGAAAGCCGAAGGAGGCCUGCUCUAUGGUCUGGCCUCAGGGGUGGCAAGUGGGUUAUGGAGUGUCUUCACAUUGGGAGGGGCUGGCAACAAAGCCGGUGUAGACCAGGAACACAACCCCCUACCACUGUCCAAUCAGAGCCUCCUGUUACUGCUGGUGCUCGCCAAUCUGACAGACGGGCCCGACUGGCCAAACCCCUACCGCCAGGCCAUCACAUGUUUCAGAAACACACAAGACACGUCUUCGAUGUCUGCUGAGCAACCUCACACCUUCCAGAUCAAUUUCAACAGUCUGUACACAGCGUUGUGUGAGCAGCAGCGCUCUGACCAGGCCACUCUUCUACUGUACACCCUUCUUCACCAGAACGCAAACAUGAGGACGUACAUGCUCUCCAGGACUGACAUGGACAAUCUGGUGUUGCCCAUCCUCGAGAUCCUUUACCACGUGGAAAACAGAAAUUCUCAUCAUGUCUACAUGGCCCUCAUUAUCCUCCUCAUCCUCACCGAGGACGACGCCUUCAAUCGCUCUGUCCAUGAAGUGGAAUUGAAGAACAUCACAUGGUACACGGAGAGAACAUUGACAGAGAUCUCACUUGGCAGUUUGCUCAUUUUGGUGGUCAUCCGCACCAUCCAGUUCAACAUGACCCGCACAAGGGAUAAGUACCUCCACACCAACUGUCUCGCUGCCCUUGCCAACAUGUCAGCCCAGUUUCGUUGUCUCCACCAGUAUGCUGCCCAGCGCAUAAUCAGUUUGUUUGCGCUGCUUUCAAAGAAGCACAACAAGGUCUUGGAGCAGGCGACGCAGUCUCUGAGAGGCAGACAGGGCGACGACACUGCCUUGCCCGACUAUGCCCAGGACCUGAACGUGAUUGAGGAGGUGAUCCGCAUGAUGCUGGAAAUCAUCAACUCUUGCUUGAGCAACUCUCUACACCACAACCCCAACCUGGUGUACGCGCUGCUCUACAAGAGGGAGCUCUUUGAGCAGUUCAGGACACAUCCAUCCUUCCAGGACAUCAUGCAGAACCUGGACACGGUGAUAGGCUUCUUCAGUCAGCGUCUGGAGCUGGCUGGAAGUGACCUGUCAGUUGAGAGGGUUCAGGAAGUCAUUAUAAAAGGAGCCCAGGCCCUGCCCACAGACAGACUGAAGAAGUUUCCAGAGCUGAAGUUCAAGUAUGUGGAGGAAGACCAGCCGGAGGACUUCUUCAUCCCCUACGUCUGGUCCCUGGUCUUCAACGCUGGAGUUGGCCUUCACUGGAGCCCGCACGGCAUCGAGCUGUUCAGCAUGGACUCUGGCUGAAAAACAACGAAGCAGAUGUGCGUGUGUCUUCAUCUCCAGUCAAUAUAAGAAAAAAAAGAAAGACUGAAGGCAUGUGUGUGUUUGUUUGGGUGGGUGUGCGCGCAUUGCCCUUUAUAGUAUGUGCACGCUGCUUUGAAAGUGCCUCGACCUUGUACAGACUGGUGUUUCUUUUUAUGCAGCACAACCUCUUUCUCCAUCAUAUCAUAAGUCCUCUGCUUCUACACUGUGAAGCUUCAUCUGCACUGGUUAACUGUUAACGCAGUCGGGCCAAAUUAUAUACAGUCAGGCCUGUAGGGAUUAUAUAUUCAACACCUGAGCAGCAUCACUUGUUUCUGCAACACAUGCUGAGUUACUUCUGUAAAACACUUGGUUAUUGUGAGGAGCUCAGGACACUGGCGAGGGAUAAUCCAACGGUUUUUUUCUUGCUUAAGAAAAGGUCAAUUCAAACACAUGCACCUAAGUGUUACACUGCUCUGGUUCUUUUACCCGCUGCACUGAAUGCUAAGACAUCCACUUCAUAUUCAAGGCUUGGAAAUCAUACAACACACGUUUAUGAAUAACUUAUGUAAUAUUGAGUUUCUCAUUAUUACCGUUUUAUUUUGACCAACAUUGUUCUCUGGAUACAGAUACAAUGGGUUUGUAUAAAAUAUCAUUGUUUGUAAAAUACGUUUGUUUGUAAAAUACAUUUUAGAAAAAGGUCAUAGAAAGCGAGAAAGUGAUCCCCUUCAGAAAGUCUGGUGUUUUUUUUAUAACAUGCAUGGCUUUCAGAUUAGAGUCCACCAGUGUUUCUUGGUGGCCCUCCCCCCAUAAUCCCCUUUGAAUAUCAUAAUACUUAUCACUGUUCUUUAGUCCCUGGAUAAUAUGAGCGGUCCGCAGGACGCCGAUUCAUGUGAUUUCAUUGUUGCUUCCGGUUUGUUUAUUUGACUUUACCCUGACUUUGUUGUUUCCAUUUCUUCCUGAUGGUUACCAAAGCAACAACCUAAAAUAGGACGAAGUUAUUAAACAUCCUGUCCUUUGUGCAUAAUUACACUUGGCUUUUUGAUUUGUCACUUUAUUUGCAUCUUUGACUGGAGACUUUGUAUUAAAUUAUUUAUUUUUCAUGGAUAUUGUUUUUUUUAUAUAUGAAGCCCUCCCCCCCCUACCAAUGAGAGAAAAAACGGUGGUACUAUACUUUGAUUGUGGCUUUAUAUUAUUACAUAUAAUAUGACAACAGCUGUCAUUUUUGUGGCGAAUUUUACUUUGGAAAUAGGAGUUUAAAUAAAAAUAUGAAAUCCAA